AUGCCUUCUUCGCGUCCGACAUGGUACGAGUUCCGGUCUUCGGAGGGAUUCAUCACCGCCGUCGUCGCUCUGGCUGCUUUCACGGACAAUUUUCUUUACGGACUGAUUGUACCCGUUACCCCGACCGCUCUCGAGCGGCGCGUGGGGACAGAUCCCCAAGACGUUCAACGCUUAGUCUCGCUUCUACUGGCGCUUGAAGCGUUUGCCUGGUUGGUUACGAGCCCAAUUACGGGACAUGUAGCCGAUCGAAUAAAGUCGCGUCGAACUCCGCUUCUUGCAGGCUUACCUGCCCUUGUCAUAUCGACGGCACUGCUCUAUGUCGGCGACUCACUACUGCUGUGGGUGAUCGGCCGCAUUCUCAUGGGCGUCUCUGCGGCGGUAACCUGGACCGUUGGCCUUGCACUGCUCGUAGACACGACUGACAGAGAGCGCCUCGGAGAGACUCUUGGCUACAUGUCUAUGGGCAUGAUGGUUGGGACGACUGCAGGUCCACUACUGGGUGGCGUCAUAUACAAGGCAGGCGGCUACCACUCUGUCUUUGGCGCUGCCUUUGCUCUGAUUUUUGUAGACGCCGUCUUGAGGCUGGCAAUGCUGGAGAAAAAGCAAAUUCGAUCGGCAGAUGGUGGAGAAGAGGCUAUUACUGAGCCGCUGCUUCCAGCAACGGAAUCUGGGAAUGUGUCUGACCGCCCCAACUACGGAAUUGCUGGUGAGGCUUCUGUUGAGCCUUGCGACGACGCAGCUGAUGAAAAAUGGUCGUCUCCCAUCUUUGUGCUCCUCUCAAUGCCCCGGAUCCGUAUCUGUCUCUGGGCUUACUGUGUCAUCUCGAUGUCUCUGACAGCAUUUGAUAGCGCACUUCCGCUGUUUGUGCGUGACACAUUUUCCUGGAGUCAGCUGGGCCAGGGCCUCAUUUUCCUUCCCCUUUCCGCUACGCAGGUGUUUGAUCCCGUCACCGGAAUCAUCUGCGACAAGUACCCCAACAAGCGUGGAUACAUUGCCGCGGUAGCGUUUGUCGCUGCUGGUGCGUCAUUCUGCACUCUUCGAAUCGUCACCCAUGAUUCCUUGGCGCAAAAGAUCGUACUGUGCGUCCUUCUCGGAUUGCUUGGGCUAAGUGUGUCAUUUGCCGUUCCGCCUAUUCUGGUGAGCAUCCAGGAGACCUUGGAUGAUGAGGCAAAGGAUGAUGUUGGUGCUUUUGGCAGUGGCGGAGCGGUGGCAUUGGCGUAUGGUCUUGUGAAUUCCGCAUUUGCAGUCGGUGCGCUGCUAGGGCCACUGAUGGGAGGUUAUUUGAGAAGUGUGGCGGGAUGGGGGACAAUGACCUUGGUUCUUGCGCUGGCUAAUGGUGCUACGGGCGCGGUGAUGCUACGAAUGCGUCGCUGA